AUGGAGAAAUCAAAACGUCAACAAAGUACAAGUUCAAAUAAUUAUCCUAACCAAAAAAGAAAUAAAACAGAAGUCACGACAGAUCGCCUAUCAACAGAAAUCAUCACAGAUUUUGAAGAUUUGUCCAAUGAAUUAAUUUAUGAAAUAUUUGAAUUAUUAGAUUUCUAUCAUGUUUACCAAGCAUUUUACUCAUUGAAUACACGAUUCAAUAAUCUUAUUACUAAUUCCACUCUACCUAUUGAUAUCAAUCUUUCAUCUAUAUCAAAAUCGAAUUUUGAACAAUACAAUAAAGAUAUCAUUCUACCUAAUAAACAUCGAAUUCAUUCACUUCAUAUAUCGAGUCCAUGUUUAUAUGAUCAUGUUUCUUCACCGAUUCGCAUUCUAUCACAAUUUCUACAUCUAAAAAAACUUACUCUUGAUAACAUAGAAUCUACGUAUGUUGAAUCCAUACUUCCGGUAUUAUCUUCUUUGCCACAUCUCUUCUCAUUAUCUAUCGACGAUGUAGGCUAUAUUCAAAAUGAAACCAUUCUUCACCAACAUAUAUUUAGUUUAUCUGCAUUAAAAUUUUGUCAAUUAUCAUGGAAAAGAUGCUCGCAUUAUAACUUAAAAUCAUUUAUAAUCAAAGAAUCCAGUCCAAUCGAACAUUUAAUCAUUAACGGAACUAUAUUUAUUGAUCAAUUUGCAUGGUUAUUAUCCUAUGUUCCUAAACUUCGUCGUCUCCAUGUCAAUAAUGUAUCCCAUCUCAUAGGACACUCGGAAAAAACAUAUUCAAUAAUAUUAAACAAUUUAACACAUGUGUCACUUGGUUUGGGUUUGAUACACUUCGAUCAAUUUGAACGCAUGAUUACAGAUAUUUUUCAUUCAGUGCGAGUUUUACAUAUUUUAAUACGUUUUGCUGUAGAUGAAAGAUAUACGAAUGCUACGCAAUGGCAACAAUUGAUCUUGUCUCAUAUGCCAAAUUUACGCAUAUUCGAUAUUCGACAUGAACAUUGGCCUAUUCAUACUACUACUACUAUUUUUAAUAAUAACGAUAUUCAUCAGGUGAUAUUCCAUGUGCCUAUUGAACAGUUUAGAUCUCCAUUUUGGGUCGAACGACAAUGGUUUUUUACACAACUAUAUUAUGAACAACAACAUAGUAAUCGAACAAUUUUUCAUUCAACAAAUCCAUAUAGACGAAAGAGUUAUACAUUACGUGGUGGACUUAACGAAAUAAUGGAUCCCAAUACUCCAACAAUUCAUCUAAAAUCUGUUCAAGAUGUUCAAAUUCAAAAUGAAGCUGAACUAGUUAAUUGCAAAUACUUUUUUCCAAAUGUUACUACACUUACUCUGGAAAAUGGUUUUUCAAAUAAAUAUCAAUCGAGUGCAAUCAAUCUCAACCGUGUUUUACCAUUGAUACAUCUUACUAAAUUGAUUCUUGACUGUCGUUAUCUUUCUGUAACAAAUUUAAUUGAAUUAUUACGUUUCGCACCUAAUAUUCAUACAAUAAAAUUCAAUUCACUACCACGUUACAAAACUGAUUCUAAGUCUAUUGAAGAAAAUCAAACUUUUCAAUUAGUAUCAUCUACGAAUAUUAUUACAAAUGUAACUUUUAGAAGACGAUAUGGAUUGGAUAAAUUAAAAGUCCUUAUGGCUUUAUAUCCGCGAGUUCAGAAUCUAACGGUACAUAUCUGUGCACAAGAUUUGAAAACAGCUGUACAAUUUAUAUUAGAAAAACGAAAACAAAAUGCUAACAAAUAUCUCCACUCGUUAUGUUUUAUCGGAGGAAGAAAAAUCUGGAUCAAAAGAAUAAACGCAUUGAUUAGUUCGGAAGCAUUACUUGAUGAUUAUAUGUUGAAAACAGUCGAUAAUAAUCUCUACUUAUGGUGUUAA